UUGUUUGCAUUCAACGCUCCGGUCUUCGUCGUCUUCUUCUUCCUCAUCAUCAUCAUCUCCCCUCUUCGACCGACUUUGACUUUUACCAUGCUCCUUCCUUCCUUAUACAUCAAUAAUAACACUUUCUCAAAAUAAAAUAAAUAUGAUUCCAAUCGAUUGUUUACUGCCUUCGUGGUGGGAACUGCAAGUAACCGUCGCCGCUGCAUUCUUCGUCAUUGCCGCUUACUUCUUUUUCACCCACACCGAUCAUCGCUCUUCUUCGCUUCAUGACGUCACUCCCCCUGAUGACUUCAAGAUGGGUCAACCAAAGGGAGAUCCUAAUGCCAACUCUGCUUAUAUGAUCAAGGUCGAGUUGUUGGCAGCUAAGAAUCUUAUUGGUGCCAACCUUAAUGGCACGUCAGAUCCCUAUGCAAUCAUCACUUGUGGUUCCGAAAAGCGGUUUAGUUCAAUGGUUCCUGGUUCAAGAAAUCCAAUGUGGGGAGAAGAAUUCAAUUUUUCUGUUGAUGAACUUCCUGUAGAGAUUAAUGUGACAAUUUAUGACUGGGAUAUAAUUUGGAAAAGCGCAGUUCUUGGUUCAGUGACCAUUCCCAUUGAAAGUGAAGGCCAAACUGGUGCAGUAUGGUAUACUUUGAGUAGCCCAUCAGGGCAGGUUUGUCUCCAUAUCAGAACACAGAAACUUCCUGUUAGCUCUUCCAGGAGUUUGAAUGGCUAUGCUGGUGCGAACCCUCGAAGACGGAUGUCGGGUGACAAUCAAGGACCGACCGUGGUACAUCAGAAACCUGGGCCUUUGCAGACCAUAUUUGGUCUACUUCCAGAUGAGGUUGUUGAAAACAGCUUUUCGUGUGCACUGGAGAGAUCAUUUCUGUAUCAUGGUCGUAUGUAUCUUUCCGCAUGGCAUAUAUGUUUCCAUUCUAAUGUUUUCUCGAAACAGAUCAAGGUUAUUAUUCCAUUGGGAGAUAUAGAUGAGAUACGGAGGAGCCAACAUGCGGUCAUAAAUCCCGCAAUAACAAUAGUUCUUCGCAUGGGUGCUGGUGGACAUGGUGUUCCUCCUUUGGGAAGUCCAGACGGUAGAGUUAGAUAUAUGUUUGCAUCAUUUUGGAACAGAAAUCAUGCGAUACGAACUUUGGAACGUGCAGCAAAGAACUACCAUACAAUGCUAGAAGUUGAGAAGAAGGAGAAACAGCAGUCAGAGUUGCGUGCAAGCAGCAGUUCACUAAGUAAAAAGCAUGUUAAGAUUCCAGAAGAAAGCGUGCCAAAAAAGUACCAGCCUUUCAUUCAAGAGGACGUUCUCACUGGCAUAUAUAACGAUAUCUUUCCAACGACUGCCGAACAAUUCUAUGAUUUGUUAUUGAAAGAUGGUUCCAACUUCAUAACUGAGUAUCGUUCAUCCCGCAAGGACACUAAUCUUAAUAUGGGCCAGUGGCAUUCUGCUGAUGAAUAUGACGGUCAAGUGAGAGAAAUUACUUUUAGAUCCCUGUGUAAUAGUCCUAUGUGCCCGCCAGACACUGCCAUGACAGAGUGGCAGCAUCUUCUACUGUCUGACGACAAAAAGAAUCUUGUGUUUGAAACUGUACAACAGGCACAUGAUGUUCCAUUUGGAUCUUAUUUUGAGGUGCAUUGUAGAUGGUCUAUCGAGACUAGCGGUGAAUCAUCAUGCAGUAUUGAUAUUAAAGUGGGUGUACAUUUCAAGAAAUGGUGUGUGAUGCAAUCUAAAAUAAAGUCUGGUGCUAUCAAUGAGUAUAAGAAAGAGGUCGAGCUAAUGCUACAAGUCGCUCGUGCAUGUAUAAACUCAACUACUCCACACAACACAAAUACAGAUACAUAACCAUCUAUAGAGGAAGGCACUCUCUUUACUUGAGAGAGACAAUUGUUAAUAUGCUUGCUUUUGUAAUAUAAAUUCAUUUCCUUGUGUAAGUAAGCAGCAAGAUGUGUGUGCUGAUUUAUAAAAUAAAACUAUAUAUUACCCCGUGAUAUCAUUUAUAAAAUAUACCAACUGAUGGAACUUUGUUAAUUGUCAA